CGAGUUUCUGGCACGACCUCGUAUCCGGUGCCCCAAUGUCGAUUCCAAUUGCCUUCCCCCGAAUUUGAACGCAGUAGCUCCAAUUUCAAACAGCUCGCUCGGUGUCGCCGCACCCCUUCCACCUGCGCCGCGCAUCCCAUCAGGCCGCCCAAGGCGACGGCAACACCCGCAGCAAUGGAGUUCCGGCACGGUGGCUCGCCGGGCGGCGGCGGCGGCGGCAAGGCGCGGGACAAGUUCUCGGUGUACCAGAACCCAUCUCUCACCCGCGCGCUCGCCUCCCGCAGCGUCCGCCCUUCCCUCCCGGUCCUACUCCUCCUCGCGCUCUCCCCCGUAGUCUCGGCCUCCUCCCUCAUGGCCCUCUCGUCCCGGGAGGGGCAGCUUUUCAAGGUCGCCGGCCGCGCGGGUGUAUCUAUCGCUGCAGCCCUGUUUGUUGUUAGGUUGGUGGAGGGAGCGCUGGGACUUGUAGCACUUUUGACACUAUCGGCGUUCUUCAGGGCACUGAUGCUAUACAAUGGGAAGAAGGCAUUGGCCAAGGAGGACAAGGUUGCGUUGUCUGAACGCCAACUGGGCCUUCUUGGCUUAAAGACCACAGGUUCAGAAGGAGCUGGCAUGAAUGAGCAAACCAAAAAGCCUCCCAAGGCAAAGCCAUCAACACCCUCAGAGCCGAUUGUUCCUAUCAGGAGAUCUUCGUUCAGCUACACACCGUCUCGGGUGCAACCCAGGAUUGGUUCCAGCCAUUUGAGCCCAGGUGGCGAGAGAUUGACCGCAUCAUUACAAAUGUCGCCUUCCACUCCACUACAGAAGCCUGUUUCUUCCCCUUCAACUCCAUGGUCGAGGAAAAGCUCAGGCAGCGCCAAGGGCAUACAGACGGAGGCGAUGUUGGACCAGUUCUUGGCUGGCUUGGAUGAAAAUAUUGAUAAUCUCACAGAUUCAGCGAGUAAAACUGCGACACCCCCAGCAACCAUUACAGGCUUUGGCAUCGCUAGCCCUGUCUCAGUUACCACAUCAACCACCAAUUCUGGUGCUGCACGGAGCACACCUUUGAGGCCUGUGAGGAUGUCUCCUGGCUCCCAUCAGAAGUACAGCACGCCGCCAAAAAAGGGUGAGGGUGAACUUCCACCUCCGAUGACCUUAGAGCAGGCAGUGGAUGCCUUUGAGAAUCUGGGAGUAUACCCUGAGAUCGAGCAGUGGCGAAACAAUCUCAGGCAGUGGUUUUCUUCAGUUCUGGUGAACCCGCUUGUCCAAAAAAUUAAAUCAAGUCAUAUCCAGGUUAAGAAAACAACAGCUAGCAUUGGGGCUUCAGUUACUGUUAGCCAAGUUGGAAGUGAUCUGCCAAGCACAACAACACCACUUAGCUUAUCGCCACUUGGUGGGACUAAAGAUUGGCAGCCAACUGUGACGGUAGAUGAGGAUGGUGUUCUUAAUCAAUUACGUGGUGCACUUCUCCAUUCUCGUAAUGCUCCCGCUGCCCAACCUUUUGGUAGUCCACAACAGCCACAAUCAAACCCCCUCCUUCCAGCUAUUCAAGCAUGUAUUGAUGCAAUUACAGAGCACCAGAGGCUUAAUGCUCUGAUGAAGGGAGAGCUGAUAAAAGGCUUGCUGCCACAGAGUAGUGUACGUGCUGAUUACACUGUUCACAGAGUUCAAGAACUUGCUGAAGGAACAUGCUUGAAGAAUUAUGAUUACAUGGGUUACAGAGAUGGCUAUGGUAAAUCCGAGAAAAAGUGGACCAGCGAGCUGCCUACUGACUCACACUUCCUUUUGUACUUGUUUGCUGCUUUCCUUGAACAUCCAAAGUGGAUGCUUCAUGUUGAUCCUACCUCCUACUCUGGUGCCCAGUCUAGCAAAAAUCCCUUAUUUCUAGGAGUCCUUCCAUCAAAAGAGAGGUUUCCGGAGAAGUAUGUUGCUUUGAUAUCUGGUGUCCCAGCAGUAAUUCACCCAGGGGCUCUUGUACUGGCCGUGGGCAAGCAGAGUCCUCCAAUAUUUGCCCUAUACUGGGACAAGAAGCUGCAAUUUUCUCUUCAGGGAAGAACAGCACUGUGGGAUGCCAUUUUGCUUCUGUGCCACCAAAUAAAUGUUGGCUAUGGUGGUAUUGUCAGGGGAACCCAUAUUGGCUCUUCUGCCUUGAACAUCCUGUCCGUUCUUGAUUCGGACAUGGAGAGCUGAACAGCUGCCUGCUUGUCAGCUGGAGACCUGUUGUUGUGUGUACUCGGAAGGGGAUAGAUCAUGACUGGCCCAGUUGCUGGUGUUACAUUGUAACGAUCACCAGCAUAUCUCGAACUAAUUUAGUGUUAGAAUGCGAUAUGCCCUACUGGAGGUUCACCUGAACUUUAUUGUAUCUUAAAUCGCUUACAGUCCAAACUCCUUAAUGCAAUGUUUGUGUUCCUUGAAUCA